ACUAGUGGAUAUUGCGCAAACGCAGUGGGGACGAGGGUGCACAUUAGAUCCAGUUCAGGGGAGAGGCAGCAGGGCGUUUGUUUCUAGAUGACACGAGCUGAUAGAGAGCAGGGGAGGAGUUGAGCCUUCACUGAACAUGGACGGAGAGCUGAGCUGGAUGUUGCGUGUCUAAAUAAGUGGAAACUAAAUAAAAGGAAACACUUGGCAAGGUUGUACCUGCUGCUGGCCGGAGAAGGAAGCACUGAAACCCGAUAGCAACACACUGUGAUUGUCGCUCACCGGGACAAGAGGAGGAACGUCUCUCUCCGGGAGCCCGUGAAGCGUUUUGAAGCCCCCGACUCCUGUGAUUGUUAUUGCAUUCGGAGCAUCCGGCUACAGCGGAGCCACAAGCAGUCGAUAUUUCACAGCCUCUUAAUGGCCACGGACGUUUCAUUCUGAUAUAUGAUUGAGCCUUGAAGCCGUUGCCACCUGUAGCCAGAGAAGAGUCACAGUUGCCUCCGUUCAUUAUUGACGCAGCCUAACAUCUUAUUGUAGCGCCACACAUAAAAACACCCUUUCCCCCCCCCCCCCCCACCACCACCACCACCCCCGACAGCGACCUCAGGAUGGAGGAGCACAUUUACGCCACCGGCAUGGCCGCCAAGCUGAGGAGCCAGUGGGACCGCGACGAGGGCCUGGGACAGAUUCACAAGGCGGUGAAGUUUCAGGGUCAGGACUACGAGGGCCUGAAGGCCCAGUGCGUCCAGGGCCGGAGGCUGUUCGAGGACAACCUGUUCCCCUGCUCCCCGUCGUCUCUGGGGUUCAAAGAGCUCGGCCCGAGAACCACCAAGACCUCCGGAGUCCGCUGGAUGAGGCCCCCGGAGUUUUGCAAGCGCCCGGAGUUCAUCGUCGACGGAGCGACUCGCACGGACAUCUGUCAGGGGGCUCUGGGGGACUGCUGGCUGUUGGCAGCCAUCGCCUCGCUGACCUUAAACGACAACCUCCUGCACCGAGUGGUUCCUCACGGUCAGGGCUACCAGCAGGGCUACGCUGGCAUCUUCCACUUCCAGUUCUGGCAGUUUGGCGAGUGGGUGGAGGUGGUGAUCGAUGACCGGCUGCCGGUGAAGGAGGGGAAGCUGCUGUUCGUGCACUCGGCCGAGGGCACCGAGUUCUGGAGCGCGCUGCUGGAGAAGGCCUACGCAAAGCUGUGCGGCUGUUACGAGGCUCUGUCGGGCGGCAGCACGUCCGAGGGCUUCGAGGACUUCACCGGCGGCGUGACGGAGAUGUUCGAGCUGAAGAAAGCCCCCGCCGACCUCUACGGCAUCAUCAGCAGGGCCAUCGAGCGAGGCUCCCUGCUGGGCUGCUCCAUAGACAUCACCAGCUCGGUGGACAUGGAGGCCGUCACGUUCAAGAAGCUGGUGAAGGGACACGCCUACUCCGUGACCGGCGUGGACGAGGUGGUGUACAGAGGCAACCUGACCAAGCUGGUGCGCAUCAGGAACCCGUGGGGGGAAGUGGAGUGGACCGGCGCCUGGAGCGACAACUCCAGGGAGUGGGACAGUGUGGACCGCUCCGUCAGAGGCCGGCUACAGAACCGCAGCGAGGACGGUGAAUUCUGGAUGUCGUACGGCGACUUCCUGCGCGAGUUCACCCGCCUGGAGCUGUGCAACCUGACGGCCGACGCCCUGCAGGACAGCCAGAUGAAGAAGUGGAGCUCCUCCAUCUACCAGGGCGAGUGGAGGAGGGGCAGCACGGCCGGAGGCUGCAGGAACUUCCCAGCCACCUUCUGGCUGAACCCUCAGUUCAAGAUCGUCCUGCAGCACCCGGACACCCCCGGAGGAUCGGACUGCAGCUUCCUGGUCGGCCUCAUGCAGAAGGACCGCAGGAGGAAGCUGCAGGAGGGCAAAGACAUGGAGACCAUCGGGUUCGCCCUCUACGAGGUUCCAGAUGAGUUCACGGGCAGGUCGGGCGUCCACCUGAAGAGGGACUUCUUCCUCACCCACGCCUCCAGCGCCCGCUCGGAGCUCUUCAUCAACCUGAGGGAGGUCAGCUCGCGGCUGCAGCUGCCGGCCGGGGAAUACAUCAUCGUGCCGUCGACCUUCGAGCCGCACAAAGAGGCCGACUUUGUCCUCCGAGUCUUCUCUGAGAAGCCCUCCGACUCCGAGGAGCUCGACGAUGCCGUCACAGCAGAGCUUCCAGCUGAGACGGAGCUGGACGAGAGCCAGAUCGACGCCGCCUUCAAGAAUCUCUUCAGGCAGCUGGCAGGACCGGACAUGGAGAUCAGCCUCACGGAGCUGCAGACCAUUUUGAACCGGAUCAUCAGCAAACAUAAAGACCUGAAGACCGACGGCUUCACAAAGGAAGCGUGUCGCAGUAUGAUCAGCCUCAUGGACACGGACGGCAGUGGAAAGUUGGGCCUGACGGAGUUCCACGUCCUCUGGGAAAAGAUUAAGCGCUACCUGACCAUAUUCAGGCAGUUCGAUUUGGACAAAUCGGGCACGAUGAGCUCCUACGAGAUGAGGAUGGCUCUGGAUUCGGCAGGCUUCAAGCUCACCAACCAGCUGUUCCAGCUGAUCAUCCUGCGCUACACGGAGGCCGACAUGUCCGUCGACUUCGACAACUUCGUCACCUGUCUGGUGCGGCUGGAGACCAUGUUCAAAACCUUCCACACCAUGGACACGGAUAAAGACGGUUUCAUGUCCCUCAACUUCCAUCAGUGGAUCACGCUGACCAUGUUUGCCUGAGAGCUGCUCCAGACACCCCCUCUGCUCCGGACCCCCUUCUGCUCUGGACCCCCUCAGCUCCAGACCUCCUUCUGCUCCGGACCCCCUCUGCUCCGGACCCCCUCUGCUCCGGACCCCCUCUGCUCCAGACCUCCUUCUGCUCCGGACCCCCUUCUGCUCCGGACCCCCUUCUGCUCCGGACCCCCAUCGUGUUGUUUUCUGAAGUGCCUUCUUCCUCCUGCCGGUUCCCUCCGAUGCUGAAGACUGUACAUGUCGUCUAUAUGGUUCCUGCAUUGUGAACACGUGCCAGUUCUUUAUGGGUCUUUUGUUUUGGACGCUCAAAUCUCGGAGCAUUUUUUUUAAAAGCAUUUUUAGCUGUGAAUUUAUAUAUAUAUAUAUAUAUAUAUAUAUAUAUAUAUAUAUAUAUAUAUAUAUAUAUACACACAUAGCAGCGAUACCCUGGGGACAGAAAUCUACUUAUUUGGUAAAUUCCAGUUGGUUUGGAAAGUCUAAAAUAUUUGUAGUCAGCCAAAAAUAAAAUAAUAUAAUUUUAUAAAAGUAGUGUGUAUCCACCAGGUUGUAGCAGACCAAAACGUAGUGUGGUAAGAAAGUGAAUGAAUGGAUUAAGAAUCCAAAUACGUUAUUAUAAACACAUGAAACACAUUUAGAACUUAAGCUGAGCGUCGGCGUGUUUUCAGUAGACUUCCUGUAAAGUUGCGUCGAGCUCAUGGAUGAAAUGCCACGUCGUUAACUUUAAAAUACAUGUUCACGUCCACGUUUUCCACCAAUAUGAUUGGACGGGAACUUUUAAAGGUGCGGCUAGGAGUCGGAUCUGGUCGGCAGAAACUCGUGCCGAGCGUUGAGGAGAACUACGGUGGAAAAGACUCUUUCUAGAGCCAGUGUUUGGUUUUUUUUUUUUCCCCCUGUCCCUUCGGGGUUACCGUAGCAACGUGGCGGCCCGGCUCCGUAAUGGUAAACACAACAGAGAAAACGUACUCGAUCGUAUUAUAUUCCAUUCAUUGCCAACAGAUCCCACUAAACGCUACGCACUGUUCCUUUUUUAAGAAGGUCAACUACGACAUUUUAGGUGCACUUUUUUUGUUUUUUUUUAAAUUGUGUUUUUAUAGAGAAUUAACAAUCGACGCGUGUUGAUUAACACGAUACUUCUGCAUGGCUACGUUCAUCCUGAUGGAGUCCACCAAGAGUUAAUGUACUUGAGGACAAUCCUGCAGAACGCUCAGAGAUCCGUUUUACGUUUACAUCUCGUGCCAAAACUUUUUCCGCUCUCACCUCGUGGAGCUUCACGGGCUCCUGAGGCGCAUUUCUUUAAUCCUGGUUAUCUUAACUCUUACGCAUGGCUCUUUUUACUACUUUCGGGAGAAGGGAAACUUAUUAUGCAAGAUGGAUGGAUAUGAUGUGAGCAUGCGGUGUGAAAUGUGAUUUAUUGUCUGCCUGCCUGAUUUGUGUUCGACCCAGCAAGGUGUUUAUUUUGUAUUCCGACAUAACGCGUGUAACUUUUUGGAGUGUUAUAAUGUUCUUAUCAAAAAAAAGUGUUUUUUUUUUUUUUUUGUAAAUGGGAGAACACUUAAUUUACAAACAUUUAAAAAAAAAAAAAAGUCACAUCCGACCCCCUCCACUUGAUGUAUAUGAAUAUGCCAGCAUUCGCGUCUCCAUGUCUUAAUGCUGCCGUAACGUUACGCAAUGUUUACAACGGGGCACAUUCAGGGGCCCCUUGGGAUCCAGUCGUCAUGCCGACGCAAUCUGUAAAAUACUUUGCAAAUAAACCCGCCGGAUUUCACGAG